AUGGACUCGCCCAUCUCGCCUCUUCAAACGCACGGCUGGCCCUCCGACUCGAAUCACUUCCCUCCCUCUCCACCUCCCCACCCCGACCCGCUCCCCUCGUACUGGCUCCAGAACUGGUCGUCCGUCUUGACACAUGCAGGGAUGGACGCCGAGCUGCCGCAGGAGGCGGACGUGGUCGUCAUCGGGAGCGGAUUGACCGGGACGUGUUUCGUCGACGAGCUUGUGAGGCUGCUUACGGGAGACGAGGGCGGGCGGUUCGAGGGCAGGACGGUGAAGGUGGUUGUGCUGGAGGCGAGGACGUUCUGCUCGGGAGCGACCGGUCGCAACGGCGGCCACCUAACCGCCUACCCGAUCGCCCACUUCGCCGACAUCUCUUCCGCUCACGGCAUCGACGAAGCCCGUCGCGCGAUCAGGCUCGAGGAAGGGGCGAUCAAGUGGGUUGUCGAGACUUGCGAGAGCGAGGGGUGGAGCGAGUGGGUGGAUUUGAGGAAGGAUGCGGGGACGCUCGCCAUGUUCGACAGCCCCGCCGAAAUAGCCGCCAUCGAAUCCUCCCUCGCUCUCGCCGCCAAAGCAGGUCAAGACACCUCCACAGUCCGAUGGGUCUCCUCCGCCGAAGCGCGCGAGCAGUACGGCGCCGAAACGAAGAGGGGCCUCUUCGUUCCGGGCAACACGUUGUAUCCGCUCAAGUUUGUGACGGGCUUGUUUAGGAGGGCGCAGAAGAAGGCGGAGGAGGCGGUUGUGAAGGCACAGCGGGAGGGUAGCGAGAAGCCGGUCGAGGUGGACCUUUUCACGCAUUGUCUCGUUGACAAGGUUGUUGAGGGUGCUGCUGGAGAAGGAGGCCGAGGGCGCUGGGUGGUCAAGACGGCGCGGGGUGAUAUCAAGGCAACGCACGUCGUCCACGCUACGAACGGCUACGCGUCACACGUCCUUCCUUCACUCAACGCACCCAACAGUCCACACUCUCGCAUCCUCCCAACUCGCGCCCAAAUGCUCGCGCUUCACCCGACUUCGUCCUCCUCUUCACCCAACUGGACUCCCGCCUUCUCGCCCUCCUCUCCUCCCGACCCGCCGCACUCUUCGAACCACCCGAAAGGCGUUAACGCGUAUUUCUUCCAGCGAUCGUACUCGGCUGCCGGAAGGGAGAGGGGCGAGAUCCUUCUUGGAGGCGAGAGGGAGAAGGCGGAAGGAUGGGAGUGGGGAGUCGCGGAUGAUGCGAGCGUCAAUCAAGUUGUCAGUGGGAAGCUGAAGGAGGCGAUGGGGAAGUUGUUCCCCAGCAAGUUCGGGAAGGCGAUGGAUGGGACAGAAGCGGUAAUGGAAUGGACGGGAAUCAUGGGGUACAGGUCGGAGGGCAACCCGAUGGUUGGGCCGGUCUAUAUCGACGGACAACGACAGGAGGGCCAAUGGAUCUCAGCGGGCUAUUCUGGGCACGGGAUGCCUCGCGCCCCUCUCUGCGGCCACCUCCUCGCCUCGCUCAUCCACCACUCGCUUCGCCAAACCACCUCGACCACCGCCCAACCUUUCACGCUCCCCGCCUGGUUCCCUCGCCACCUGCUCACAACUAUCGACGGGAAAGGACGAGGAGACACCCGGUUGGCGGAGGAAAGCGAGGCAGGUGCGAAGAAGAGGGAGAAGGGCUGGGUUUGGGUUCGGGGCGAGAACGGCGGGGAGAAAGGGCAGACGGGCUUGUAG